UCUCCCUCUCUUCUUCUCCUCACCUUUCCAACCAAUGUCUUCCUCAAAAACCUUAGACUCAACAGCACAGAUAUCUCAAGGCCACAACCCACCCCUAGUGGGCUCCUGUCAAGCUAAGCCAUCACACUCACCAUCCUCCUCCUCCUCAUCAUCACCACCAACCACAGUCACCUCCCCUACUGAGAGGAGAGGGAGGAGGAAGCCCACAGAGCCAGGGAGGUUCCUUGGUGUGAGAAGGAGACCUUGGGGGAGGUAUGCUGCUGAGAUAAGGGACCCCACGACCAAGGAAAGGCACUGGCUUGGGACCUUUGACACUGCCCAAGAGGCUGCCCUGGCCUACGACAGGGCUGCCCUCUCCAUGAAAGGCAUCCAAGCCAGGACCAACUUCAUCUAUACUGACACCCACAUCUCCACCUUCCAUUCCCUCCUCACUCCUUUCCACUCACAAACCUUCGUUCCACCACCAAUGCCACCACCUCCAACCCAACCACACCACCUCAUUGGCACUGCAUCCAUGCAAACUACCAAUCAGAGUAUGCCAAGCCACAGCCAAAUGAGCCGCUUCACCUUCCAACCGAGUGGCGGCAGUAGCACCACCCCUGCCUUCGGUUCAUCGGUGGAGACCGGCAUCGAUAAAGACUUCCUAUUCUCCGACGACAGUAGGUCUGGUUACUUGAGCAGUAUAAUCCCUGAGAGCUGCCUCAGGUCCUCCCCAAGACACUCUUCCCCCAGCCAGCAUAACAACAUCUCGUGUGAGUUGAAUGCUCCAAUCCUUUCCCCUCCUAACCAAGUUAAGAGUCAUGGAUCAAGUAGUGCCUCCUCUUAUUCUGCAACAAAUGGGGCAUUUUUUGAUGCCUAUGGUGGAGUGGGUGCAAUGAGCUCAGAGGACUUCUCUUGCUUCACAGAAAUGAACAGUGAUUUCUGGGUGGAUGAGCCAUUAUGGGAACUUAGUGCAUGUGAGUUCCCUGCCAGCAAUGCUAGCAGCAUGGGGGAUCUUAGCACUUCUUUGAUGCAAGGUCCAGCUUGUGUGUCAUUGCCUCAGGCUUCAGAGUCGUACUCUCCAUCAACUUCCUCACUAUCUAAUGUUUUUGACUUAGGCUACUCCCUUAUUGGAGAGCAUUAG